AUGGCAAUGGCAGGAGUAGGUGUAGGCUCAACCUCAACGACGUCGUUGCCGGAGGAGGAGAUAACACUGACAGUGAAGUGGAGCGGGAAGGAGUAUACGGUUCGCGUAUGCGGGGACGACACGGUGGGCGAGCUCAAGCGCCGAAUCUGCCAAGCCACCGACGUCUUGCCCAAACGUCAAAAGCUUCUCUACCCAAAAAUCCUCCCUUCAAAGCUCGCCGACGACGCCGUUUUUCUCUCCUCUCUCCCCUUCAAGUCCUCCCUCAAAAUGACCAUGAUUGGUACCACGGAGGAUGACAUUAUAGUGGAUCAAGUGGAGUCUCCAGACAUUGUUGAUGAUUUUGAGCUUCCCCAAGAUGAGGCUGUUGAAAUUAAAGAUAAACAUGGCAAUAAGCAGAAGUUGAGGAGGCGUAUAAGUCAGUACAAGAUUGAACUUCGGAAUCCAUGCCGGGAAGGAAAGAAACUGCUUGUGCUGGAUAUUGAUUAUACUCUAUUUGAUCACCGGUCCCCAGCAGAGAACCCACUUCAGCUUAUGCGGCCUUUUCUUCAUGAGUUUCUUGCAGCUGCCUAUGCUGAAUACGAUAUCAUGAUAUGGUCUGCAACCAGCAUGAAAUGGGUUGAAUUGAAGAUGGCUGAGCUUGGUGUACUCAGCAAUCCCAACUACAAAAUCACAGCUCUUCUAGACCAUUUAGCAAUGAUCACAGUUCAAUCAGAUUCCCGUGGGAUCUUUGAUUGCAAGCCGUUAGGCUUGAUCUGGGCUCAAUUCCCUGAGUUCUACAGUUCAAAAAACACUAUAAUGUUUGAUGAUCUGCGAAGGAAUUUUGUGAUGAACCCACAAAAUGGUUUAACCAUCAAGCCAUUCAAGAGGGCUCAUUCUAGCCGAGACAGUGAUCAGGAGCUUAGGAAACUCACAACAUACUUGCUUGCCAUUGCGGAACUUGAUGACUUGAGCAACCUUGAUCAUAAUAACUGGCAGUCAUUAAGUGAGGACAAUGUCAAAAGACGUCGGCAUCAAUGA